CCUUCCCUCUCCUCCCUCCGUCUCUCGUCGGCAGGCUCAGGGGAACUUGCAGUCAAGCAUAAACACCUACGACGGCGAGCUCUGAAGGAGUACUUCGGGGCUGGAAGGUUUAAAGAAGUGAUGAAACGAAGCAAGACGACCCUCUUGACUUUUGCUGAAAAAUGCAAGACUAUACUGGCGUCAAAUUGGCAAGGGCAGCUGAACACCAUCAAAGCUGAUGCCAAAGGAAGCAAGGAGGAGAUAUACAGUUCAAAGGUUAAGUACAUUUUAAAGAGGGGAAAACCAUACAUCUGGGUGCCUGAAAAUGAGCUGCAUAAUGUGAACACAAUAGUUGAUGAGCGUGGUUCCUUUGCUGUAGCCAAUCCUAUCCCUGGGCUUCUUCCAAAUAUACUUAAAUCAAUGAAAAAGUUGCCUGCUCGGGUUGCUCUGAGUGGAGAUGUUGUGCCUCUCAAAGAGCAAAAGGUCCAGUCAGCCACAGAAUGUCUUAAGGAAGUCAUUUUGUCUGAGGAGAGAGCAACUUGUAACUCAUCUUAUACAGUUUCUGGUGUAUUAAGUUCUUCUAAUCACAUAACCACGUCUCGAAGUGAAGGCCUUAAGGAGCUACUUGAUGAGGGUGAAAAGUAUGUGGUUUAUAAGUUUGAUGUAAGUUCUUGCAUGUUUAUUGAUGGCAAUGGAGGCACUUAUGAUGUAGAGUUGGAAGAUAUUUCUGCUUCUAAAGCAGAUGUUUUGGCACCCUAUUCUGCAAAGCUAAUUGAUGGCAUUAAUCAGAGUGAAGCAAGGCGAAGGGCUUUAAUACUGUUUUGUUUUGUGUACUUGAAUACAAAUGCAAGAGAUGCAUAUAUGCUGUCUGUGGAUCGAAAGGGGUUUGAUGUGCUGGGGAAGGUUCUUAGUAUGGAGAAAAAGGAUGAUGGCAAUGAAUACCAAUGGAAGCAAUUCAGGUUCACAUUCAAGGAAGAGGCAGAGGAUAUUGAAUCUUUCUGCCACCAACUCGUGCAAAUGGAAGAAGAGGCUGUAAACAAGGUUUCAAGCUCCAGUGGUCUAUAAUGAUUUGACCUUUCCAUUUUUCAAUAAAUUUUGUAGAAUUAUUUUGAUAAAGUUUACAUUUUUCAUUUUUUAAUUCACAUAUCAUGUUGCUGGUCAAAAAGAAAAUAUUCACAUGUUAUGGUUAAUUGAGAAAAUGUUAUUUUUUUUUUGGGUAUAUUUGGUAAUAAAUUAUACAAAAGUAA